CGCUCUCACUCACAUCUGGAUUAAAAACAUCUGGAUCCGCCUACACGGAACUCAGUUACACGCAGAGAGAGAGAGAGAGAGACCCGAACUCUCUCACAGAUGAGGCUGGUUUAUCUGAGUCUUUGACACGAGCAGAUAAAGAAAAUAAGGGCAUCGCUUCAGUAGUGUGGAUCUUCGGAGGACUGUGUGAUAUUAUGGGUCUGUGGACUCGAACAUCUGCUCUUCUGUGCUGCUUCUGUCUUCUGCAGGUGCAGAGUUUAAGCCCCAUAAAGACCAACCUGUGUAAGUGGUGUGAUCACUCCAGUCCUGUGUGUGAAGACAACGUCUGCAUGAGCAACUGCAGUCUGACCUCUUACUGCUUUCUGGCUGAAGAAGUGUGUGUAGCCAUAUGGAAGAAGGACAAUGUGAGCGUGAGUGUGCGGACGCUGUGUUAUGACCCCCAGCAUAUGCUGGAGAACAUAAUGCUGGCGAAUUACUCGUCCAAGGAGUGUCUGAUGAGCCCUCAUCCAUCUGAAGAUGGCCUGCUCUUCAUCUGCAGUUGUGUUGGAGAUCAGGAGUGUAACGACAGGCUCAUCUUUGAUAAAGGACCCAAUGGAUUCUCAAAGCUGAAGUCUAAAGACGUGAUUCCAGUCGUGGUCAUAAGCCUGGUUCCUCCCCUCUUAGUAGCGGUCAUUGCGACCAUGGCUUUUUACCUGUAUCGCACACGUCAGCCAGGCAAAAAGCCCAAGGAAUGGGGACCACGACGGACCCACUACCAGUCUCUUGAUCCUGCCGAGGGCCAAGCUAAUGGCAUCGACUUUAGUGCCAAGCGGCCAUCCCUCAGCGAUGACAUCAAUUCAGAAAUGUCAUCGACUUGUGCCAAUAAUCUAAACCACAACACGGAGCAGCUGCCCAUCCAGCUGGAGGCGCUGGUGGGUAAAGGGCGCUUCGCGGAGGUAUGGCGGGCACGACUUAGUCAUAAUGAAAGCGGGCAGUAUGAAACGGUGGCUGUGAAGAUUUUUCCAGCAGUGGAGUAUUCAUCGUGGUGUAACGAAAGAGCCAUAUUCUCUGAUGCCAACUUGAAACAUGAGAACGUGGUGCAGUUUCUGACGGCUGAGGAGCGGGGCGGUACGUCUGCCACCUCCCAGAGGCAAUACUGGCUCAUCAUGGCUUAUUAUAACAUGGGCAACCUUCAAGACUUUCUGGUUGGGAAUAUUCUGACAUGGGCAGAGUUGUGUUCACUAGCAGGCUCUGUGGCAAGAGGACUGGCGCACCUGCACAGUGACACGACGCCAUGUGGCAUACAAAAAGUGCCCAUCGCCCAUCGAGAUCUGAAGAGCAGCAACAUUGUGUUGAAGAACCAAAGCGAAUGCGUGCUCUGUGAUUUCGGCCUGGCUCUGCGACUUGACCUGUCUCUCACUGUAGAUGAUUUCGCCAACAGUGGACAGGUGGGAACUGCCCGCUAUAUGGCCCCAGAAGUUCUGGAGUCCAGGGUGAAUCUCGAGGACCUGGAGUCCUUUAAACAGAUUGAUAUCUACUCCAUGGCUCUAGUGAUGUGGGAAAUGGUCUCUAGGUGUGACGUCAUAGGAGAGGUAAAGAGUUACGAACCUCCAUUUGGCUCCAAAGUGUGUGAGCAGCCGUGUGUGGACAGCAUGAGAGACCUGGUGUUGAGAGACCGAGGAAGACCAGAUAUUCCAGACAGCUGGACCACACAUUCAGGCAUGCAGUUGUUGUGCGCGACUAUAACGGAGUGCUGGGAUCACGACCCGGAGGCUCGACUGACGGCUCACUGCGUGGUGGAGCGCUUUAACACUCUGGCUCAGGAAGAGCUGGAGAACUCCAUCUGCACCCACACACCCUCAACACCACCUACAGAAGACCAAACCCCGACCCUGCCCUCUCACCCACCCUGCACAGACCACAGCGCUGACAUCUGUCCGCACGUCACAGCUGACAUCGUUUCCUCCAGGCAACAUAGUCAAGUUUAACCGUGGAAACUGUGUCUAGGAAAAUCAGACUUGUUCUUGUAACGCAUAUUGAUUCAUUAUGUGGAGCUGGUCUCCAUUUUUCUUUAAACGCUAAUCUAAACUGAAGGACAACAGAAGGUUUUUUAUUUGAAAAUGCUGUCGUUUUAUUGUGUAAUGUUGUAAGGGGUUGUAGAUUUCUGCUUAAAGGGACAGUUCACUCAAAUGUAAUUCUGCCAUCAUUAUCCACCCUUCACUGGUUUAAAACAUAUUUAAGUGAUGAACACAAAAGAAGAUACUUUGUAAAUUGCUGGGACACAUUGGACUCCAUUGCAUUUUUUUUUGUUGAUGUUGAUGGGUGCCAGCAACCAGCAUUUUUCAAAGUAUCUUCUUUUGUGUUCAACAUAUGAAAAGAAUCUCUUAAAGGUUAUAGCCACAUGAGGGAGAAUAAAUAAUGAGGUAAUUGUCAUUUUUGAGUGAUCAUUUAAGGUAAGACACUGCAGGUGAAUAUUGGAAAAAAGAUUAUAAUCACCAUUUACAGUUGAUUGAUUACAUUAAGUUUCAGGUCUUAAUGCAUUUAGUGGAUUAAAUUUUUUAAAAUGUAAUAUUUAAAUAUGCAAACAAUAAUUUUUUGCAUAUUUUUCUACACAUUUGACAAAGUCAGGUUUAAAGUUCUUGUUUUAUUGUUAUUUUGACAUAUUAGAGUCAAAGAUGUCUACUGAGCACUAAAUAAGUAUAUACAGUUCAAGUCAGAAUUAUUAGCCCCCCUUUAAUUGCAAGGCAAUUUUCACAGUAUAUCUGGUAAUAUUUUUUCUUCUGGAGGAAGUUGUAUUUGUUUUAUUUCGGCAAC